AUGUUGAAAGUAAAGAAUAUGAAAUUCAGUAACUUGAUAUUAUUGGUGGGAACUAUUGCAAUUUCCAAAGCACUAGAUAGAAACGAAACAUUGAUUUCCGCUAGUAGUGGUAUUGGAAAAGUUGAUGGAAAUGAAACCAGCGUGGUUGACAUGCUACCGUCUCAGCUGGUAGACUCCACAAAUCUAUGUAUCAGCACAUUGACUUUGUCCACAUGUGCAUGUGAACCAAAGGAAUCGAAAAGUAUUGAUACACCUGGAGAAAUCCCCAAGUAUGAAGGUGACGAGUGGGAUAGAUAUGCUGAAAUGCCCAAGGUAAUUUCUACCACAUUAAGUCCAGAUUAUGUGCUUCGGACUAACUUUAGUACGAGCAGACGAAGCCAUCAUGGUUCUUUGGAUAAAAAUAGAGGAAUGAGUUCUGUGAUUGCCACGGACUCUAAACACUUAGAGAAUCAGGCAAUGACUGGUAGCAUGUCAUCAGAGCACGGAAUUCAGUCGCUGGCAUUCCCAAGCAUUUAUAUUUCUUCUACUCGUGGUCAUUACUAUAAUACCCUGACUUCUGUACAUCACAAUGUCAGUUUUAUUACUGGGUACCACAAUAUUAGCACUAGCACAAGCUACCACAACAUCAGCUCAACCAUUCAUAAUGCCAGUCUAAGUACAUAUAUUAGUACAUCAGAGCACACCAUUAUAGAUGACACUAGUAGUACUAGCAGCGAGGAGAUAGUUACAACGGUUGCAGAGACCGAGACCCCAACGUCACAAACACAGACAUUGUAUCACACUACAGGUACUACCCAGGAUUUGAUCACAAACACUGCAAAAUCAGAGCAUCCUACAACCGAUGAAACUACAUACGCAGAUAAUGAAGAAAGAACUACGUCGCGUACGGAGACAGAAAAAUUGCUGGUGUCAAGCCUGAUACCACUUAGCAUUGUGAGUUCAACUAGCAAUCAAUCGUCUAUUAGUACGGCUAUGAAGACUCUACCGCAUGAAACAGUCUUAGAAACGUCUUAUGAAAAUGAAGGCUCGAUUACGACUUCCAUGGAGACAAAGGUCACAAUGGAGCCCAGUCUGGAUUUAUACUACCCUCCUACUGCCAGUCAGAAGACUAUGUCCAGUCAUACAAGCCAAAUAAACAAGCCAACUAUUCUGCCAGAGGAUAAUUGGUCUGAUUAUUGGAGUGAUGAAAACUGGUCAGAGGAAUGGCCAAGCGAAUUCUGGAGCGACGUAUUCAAGGAAACGUCUAAAACAGACAAUCACGCCGGUUGGAAGACGCAUUCUACUGUUGAAAGGCACUCUAGUUCGCCAAGCAUCAAGACAAACACCAACGCUGGAAGGAAGAGCCACAGUGAACUCAGAAGUGCGUCUAAGCUGCAAGGCAUCGUGCAUUCAACUCACGCUAGUGAAGGUUCAUUUAGAAUCUUGCCUACGUCGCAAAUACCAAAGCAAACUAGCCCCUCCACUGAAAAUGCAUCGCAUGGACAUCAAACAGAAGAACACCACACUGCUAUAUCUCAUAUCCCAAAGCAAACUAGCCCCUCCACUGAAAAUGCAUCGCAUGAACACGAAACAGAAGAACUCCACACAGAACAACAGCAAUUACCUCCAGCAGAACCAACUUUCAGUCUUUCUGAGUCGUAUGAGCAUAUCCAUCGUACCAGCGAAAGUUCAACCCUAACAACGGCCAAGUCAAAUGUAGAAAACCAUAUGAGUUCGACACCAGAAAACAAUGUCAAGCCAACCACCAUUAGUUCAAAAUCAAAUGCCCCAAAAAUAUCCCAUAGAAAACAUAGUUCAUAUAUCACAGAAGAAGGGCCAACAAGUUUCUCAAUAAUUUCACCAAGCAUCUCCUCAAGUAUGUCACCAAGUCUGUCAACACAUUCCACUGGUAGAUAUCAAAGUGGUUCAACAUACAAUCCCAAAACAUCGUACUACUCUAUGCGCAGUAGAUUAAGCACUACCGCUUCUCUUUCACCUGGAUUAUCUUCUUCUCUUCCAGCAUUAUCCCGAACUUAUCCAAGAAAACUGUCUUAUUCGCCGAUAUUUACCUUAAAACCGGCCCCUAGUCAACUGGGCCUUGAAAAUACCCGACAAGCAAAGCCAUUAUCCCAAUUAAAUUCGGAAGAAACCGAAACCGAAACCGAAACAAUAUACAUUACAUUACUGUCUUCUACAGGAACAUCCAAAUCCAUGAUGAUAUCUGGUUAUCUGAAGCAAUCAAGCUCCAAUGAAAGUUCAACCGUGUCUACGAAUGAAAGUAUGUCUUCGACACUUGCAAGACCAUGGCACAUCCUAAGACCGGAGGAAGAAACCGAAUCCAAUGAGCACGAAUCCAGUGCUUCCAGUCUAAGUGUCUACUACUUACUACUUGCUCCUUGCUUCACAUUUAUAGUGUUAUUAUAG